AUGGGCAGGGAAGACAGCGCCGUCAAGCUCGCCGAGAGCAUCAACGUUCCUGAGAAGCAGGACUUCGAGGAUUCAAGCCUUUACGUGAACGUCUACAAAUAUGUCGAGGAAUACAUGGGCCGCUACGACAUGUCCCACGACUUCAACCACAUCCGCCGUGUACUCGCCCUUUCAAAGCACAUACUGGCUGCCGAACUAAAGGACUAUCCUGAGAAGACACUGGAUAGUCAGGCGGUUGUUCUUGGUGCUCUGCUGCACGACGUGGGCGACAGGAAAUAUGUCGAGCCCGGCGAGAACGCCGCUCAACUGGUCUCGGACGUUCUCACGAAGAAUGGAUGUACUCAUCGGCUGGUUGCCAAGGUUUCAAUCAUUGUUGAGAACGUGUCCUACUCGAACGAAGUCAAACGACCUCAGCUUGUGAAGGCCAUCGUUGCCUCCCACCCUGAAUUGGCUGUGGUCCAGGAUGCCGAUCGUCUUGAUGCUAUUGGAGCGAUUGGAAUCGGGAGGGUGUUUGCGUACGGUGCUGCGAAGGAGUCCGGCCGUGGAAUGCAAGGCAGUAUCGACCACUUUGCUGAGAAGCUGGAAAAGCUCGAGGGUAUGAUGAAGACUGAGACCGGAAGAUUGCUCGCACAGGAGAGGACGCAAAGGCUGAGAGACUUUCGUCAAUGGUGGCAAGAAGAGAAUGAAAUCUUUACCUAA